AAAAAUCCUACUAUUUUCCUAUUCAAUAUGCAAAUUCUUUUCAAAUACCUAUAUUAUUAGGCAUUUCCUGGAUUAUGAUCGAACAGGACAAAUAUUACAACGUACCCAUUUUUUAUCGAGAGCAUUGUUUCAUCAAUAAGUGGCAAUAUGUAUAAAUUUGUUAUUGUUGUUUUAUUGGUCUUCGUUUGUGGUAGUAAUGCUAAGCUCACAUUACCACCAGAGCUACAAGAAUACGUAGACGAUUUGCACAAAUUAUGUCUCGGAAGAUUAGGCCUAGAAGAAAAUGAUCAUCAAGUCUAUGAUAUCAAGGAUAAAGACGAAAAAAUGAUGUGUUACAUGAAGUGUCUUAUGUUGGAAUCCAAAUGGAUGAAACCUGAUGGUGUAAUCGAUUAUGACUUUAUUGAAGCACAAGCUCAUCCGGACUUUAAAGACCUUUUAAUGGCCGCUGUGAACAAAUGUAGGAGUAUUGAUGGUGCAGAUUUAUGUGAAAAAUCGUACAAUUUCAAUUAUUGCUUGCAUGAAGCUGACCCAGUUAAUUGGUUCUUGGUUUAAAUAAAGGAACCCAUUUCAAUGACUACCUAUAUGCUAUGGAAAAAGGACCUGUACUGUAGUUUCUAAUUUGUGUUGAGUAACUAAUAAAAGCACACGAGCAUCCCAUAUA